UCACUCUCUCAAAUCAAGAUUGAGAGAGAUAUGGAGCCUCACAACAAGUCAUUAUGCCCUUGCCUUUUCCUUGGCGUCUUCUUAAUCUUUACAUUCCUAGUUUCUUUCACAAAUGCAGAGAUUCAUCGCCAUAAAUUUGUGAUUCAAGCAGUGCCAGUGAAGAGGCUGUGCAGAACCCAUAGCACCAUCACGGUGAAUGGGCAAUUUCCUGGACCAACAUUGGAAGUCCGAGAUGGCGACACACUCAUAAUCAACGCUAUAAACAGAGCUAGAUACAAUGUCACCCUCCACUGGCAUGGAGUACGACAGCUGCGGAAUCCAUGGGCAGAUGGUCCGGCGUAUGUGACCCAGUGUCCAAUUCUACCAGGGAGGAGCUACACAUACCGGUUCACUAUCCGAAACCAAGAGGGGACCUUGUGGUGGCAUGCUCACAGCCGGUGGCUUAGAGCUACUGUUUAUGGGGCUCUAAUCAUCCAUCCUAGAAUGGGUUCUCCAUAUCCAUUCCCAACUCCAAAGAGAGAAAUUCCAAUUCUUCUUGGUGAAUGGUGGGACAGAAACCCCAUGGACGUCCUGAAGCUGGCAACCUUCACAGGAGCGCAACCAAAUAUCUCUGACGCUUACACCAUUAACGGUCAACCUGGCGACCUUUACAGAUGCUCCAAGAAAGAAACUGUAAUAUUCCCAGUGAAUGCUGGGGAAACAAUUCUCCUAAGAAUAAUCAACUCUGCAAUGAAUCAAGAACUCUUCUUUGCCGUGGCCAACCACGCGCUCACUGUAGUUGGAGUUGAUGCUGCCUACACCAGGCCUUUCACUACUAAUGUCAUCAUGAUAGCUCCUGGUCAGACAACCAAUGUCCUCCUCACUGCUAAUCAGCCCCCCGCUCGCUACUACAUGGCAGCACACGCCUAUAACACUGCAAAUGCGCCAUUCGACAAUACAACCACCACCGCAAUCCUUUCAUACAAGUCUGCUCCCCGCGGCGCAACGAGAGGGAAAUCAGCAGCACCAAUUUUUCCACAGUUACCAGGCUUCAAUGACACUGCCACUGCCACUGCAUUCACUGCCAGGAUCAAGAGUCCUUCCAGAGUCAAAGUCCCCACUAGGAUUGAUGAGAACCUUUUCUUCACAGUUGGGUUAGGACUCAUCAACUGCACAAAUCCUAAUAGCCCCAGGUGCCAAGGCCCAAAUGGAACCCGCUUUGCAGCCAGCAUGAACAAUGUCUCUUUCGUUCUCCCAAGAAGAAACUCCUUAAUGCAGGCUUAUUACCAAGGCCAACCUGGUGUCUUCACCACAGAUUUUCCUCCUGUUCCCCCCCUGCAAUUCGAUUAUACCGGCAACGUAAGUCGUGGGCUAUGGCAACCUGUUAAAAGAACAAAGCUCUACAAACUGAAGUUUGGUUCCAAGGUUCAAAUUGUGCUGCAGGGUACAAGUAUAGUCUCAGUUGAGGAUCACCCAAUGCAUUUACAUGGCUACCAAUUCUAUGUAAUUGGUUCGGGGUUUGGUAACUUCAAUCCAGCAAGGGAUACUGCAAACUUCAACCUUAUAGAUCCACCACAGAGGAAUACCAUCGGAACACCUCCUGGUGGAUGGGUAGCCAUCAGAUUCGUGGCUGAUAAUCCAGGUGUGUGGCUGAUGCACUGUCAUCUAGAUUCCCAUCUCGGCUGGGGCUUGGCUAUGGCUUUUCUAGUAGAGAAUGGAGUAGGGAGACUGCAGACCGUGCAGCCUCCACCACUUGAUCUUCCUCGCUGUUAAGAUAGUACGUAGUUCAAUCCAAGCAUGCCGUUACAAGAAUGGUGGUCAUAUUAGACCUUAGAUAUAUCAAUAUUUGUUUGUGUGAAUCUACUGAUGUGGAUCAUUCACCUUCAUUCUCUUCUUCUUCCCUAAAUGAAGUCUUCAAAUGAUUAAUGUUUGUUCAAGUAGCUUGUUUAUUGAUGGAGUGUAUUGUUUCAAGAACCAAAUAAAAAAAAAUUUCUCGUCUUUAUCUA